CUAGGAGGGGCCCAAGAGAAUGAUUUAUGGUAAUGUUUAAGGAAUAGUUCUAAGUUUGUUUGAAAAGUAAGCCUUUACUUGUAUUAAAAACGAGUUUGGUUGGUGAUAUUUGGAUUGCCAAUCAUCUCCUCCUUUUUGCAGCUCUUAUGAAUACUCAGAUGGCUCUGCAGGAUAAUUUGAUGCGAAAUGGAUGGCCUCUUGGGCUCGAAAACAUGAACACCAGAUUGCUCCAAGCUGCAGACAGCUCACCGCAGGCUGCAGUGGUCGCAUCAGAGCCAAGUUCUUUACAUGUGCCAUCUUCCAGCUUCUCAUCAUUCUCAUCCUCCAAUCUUGACACAGAGUCCACAAUAUCAUUUUUCGCAGACCACAGUGUGACACUAGGGCGGUUGAUUGGAAUCAAUCCGAGGUCCAGGCAAAGCUUGCGCUUCACAAACACAAUGCAAGCUGAGACGGAGCAAGAACCUGGUAGCAUUGUCUCUGCUAAUGGUGAAAAGAUGAUGUGUCGGGGGAUUUGUGUUCCUUUGCUGCGAAAUAUAAUGGUGAUGAAAUGCAAGAGCUACUAGCAAAAGACAUGAUUUAUAUAGUGAAGUAUUAGGUUGUGUUCACUUGGCAUGAAUGGAAUGGAGGGAGAAUGGAAUGAAUUUUGUACUCUAGAAUGGUGUUGCUUAAAGAAAAUGUAUAUAGUUUUCAUUCCUUCAAUCAUUCCAAUCAUACUAUUUUAACUAUAAUUCUAACCCACAUGUUUUGGAAGGAAUGCUCAUUCCAUCUCUACAUCAUGUUUCUUUAUCUACUUUCUCACAAGAAAUUUAACUGCAUUCAUAUUUUGUCCCUAUUAUUUCAUACUUUCUUUUUUUUCUCCUUAAAACCUCUAUAUAAUUUUUCAUUCCAUUCUCCCUCGCUGUGUUCAUUUCAUGGAAAGGAAUGAGGGGAGAAUGGAAUGAAAAAUUAUAUAGAAGUUUUAAAGAGAAAGAAGAAAGUAUGAGAUAAUGGUGACAAAAUAUGUAUGUACUUAAUUUUUUUGUGAGAAAGAUUGUGAAGAAACAUGAUGUUGAAAUGGAAUGAGCAUUCUUUCCAGAACAUGUGGGUUAGAGUUAUAGUUAAAAUAGUAAGGUUGGAAUGAUGGAAGGAAUGACAAUUAUAUACAUUUUAUUUGAUCAACACCAUUUUUGAGUACAAACUUCAUUUCAUGCUCCCUCCAUUCCAUUCACUCCAAGUGAACACAACCUUAGUGUUUUGGUUGUUGUCAAUAAAAUUUGUAGCCGGCUGAGACCUGAGUGUAUGCAAUUUGUAAAGGCAUGGGCCUUGCUCGGUAUAAUUCAAGUCCCGGAGAAAACCAUUUUUCCUUGA